AUGGGAAAGAUAGCGUUCAUGCUACAGUCACUGGAGGAGCAGGGAAAGCCACCAUUGUCCCGUUUAGUUGGCAGGGGCCGGCAAGUCAGAAUUGAGCCACCGUGUGAUGGAAUGAUAAGCGACGGAACAGUUGGUCUGGGUUCUGCUCAAGUCAGCCAGCAAGUUCCCAGUAGUAGUUACGCCUUUUCGAUGGAAGUGUCUUCCGAUGACCGACCACCUGGAUUAUCUCGGCAGAACACGCCAAGUGAGCCACUCCUGCAACUCCUUUACCCUGUUGCUCCCGAUGCUCACCCACGUUCGCUGCUUUCUCCAAUCUCAUUGGCUGUUGAUCUUCGUUCCCAAAUCUAUUCCGUUUCAGUACGUGAUAUGGCAACACAAACAAAUGAAGUCGUUGGUUAG